AAAAGCCCGGCCCUGCCUGCCUACUUCAGCGCCUCCCUCUUUCUCCAUGUUGCUCUUCAGCGGAACCAUGGCGACGGUGAACAUCGAGUGUCUUCGCCCUGAGAACAUCGGUGAGCUCUACCCUGUCCGGACGACUUCUUUCGAAUGUUGACACGGCCCAGCGUGCCGUUGCACGAUGAAAUCCCCAUCUUUGCCGAGCUGGCCGCCAUCCGUGUCUCCAAUGAGAAGGUGGAGCCGUGGCAGGACGACUUGUACAUGCCGGCCAUUGCUCGGCCCUCCUCGCGGCAGCCACCUGCAGCGCCCGAGAAGCUGUCGCGGCGCGAGCCGGCGCGGGACCUGGCGCAACGAGUCUUGCUGGGCUCCGCGGACAUGCGGCUUUGGGUCAUACAACGGAGCGAGGAGGACGAGUCUUCAGGCGAGCCACCGGACGACACUGCAGUCCCUCGUGUGAGCGUCGUCACGACGGAGCUGACGGAGGUCGGUGCGUCCGUGAGGGAACGAAGGGUCAAGGCCUUUCUUUGCCACAAGCAGAUCCUGAGCCAAGCGUCAACACUCUUGCGCUACCGGGUGAAGCGUGCAUCGGCGGCCACAGUCCCAGAGCUGCUGUCCUCGCCCUUCUUAGCUGCAGAGUCGAAAAGGGACCGAACAGGUCUGGAAAGGCCUGGAAAGUUGUCCCGAACGCGGAGGUUUCAGCAGCAAAAGCUUCGUGUCUCAAGACCAUCCCUUUUGGAAUUUGAACUACAUGUGCGUGAAGAUCCAAGUGCCUUUGCCGACAUCCUCACGUUGCUUUAUGGCAUGCCUUUGAAGGUCACGAUGUUGGAUUUGAAGAGGUGGUGUUCAAGGACUUGGUGGCCGGCGCUGGGCCUUGCGAUGGAGCUACAACUUCAGACGGUUGAAGCCGCGCUACGGAGGAUCCUACUGGAUUUGCCGAGCCGGAUGCCCAUCGAUAUGACUUGGGCUAUGCUGCCCUUGGUGCAUGCACACAAUCUGCAGCCAGAGAUGCUCCACUGUUCAGUCAUUCUGGCACGUCAGGGUGCCAAGUGUCGGCCAUCAAGCCUCCCCAUCGUGCGGGCGUUGCAUGUGGAUGCCUUGACGGCCCUGAUGACCAGUGACGCCUGGAUUGUGUCCAUUGAGGCGGAGAUCUUCGCACUACUGCAGACCUGGAUGAAAGCGCAGCCCUGGGUGAACUGGUCCAAGGUGGAGAAGAACGACGAGGUCACUCAAGUGCCUCCGGAAGUCUUCGCGGCCUCUGCGAAGUGGGACAUUAAAUGGGGGCAUUUGCAUUCACAGCUGGUCGAGAAGCUGAUUGUCAACGGCGUGGUCCCCGAGACUUUGGCGCGGGACAUCGAUCGUUGGAGGAGCUCGGCCAAUAUCUUCCUGCCUCCCUUACCACAAGCCUUUGCACAGGAAGAUCGGAGGAAGAGCCAGAGAGAGGCUGAAUUGCGCAGAGGUAGCACCCGCAGAUCUGACCGAAAGAAGACGACGAUGCGAGAUGAAGAACUGAAGCGAGAUGAUGCCACGACACAAGGCGAUCGAGCUGUUGCCAAGGCGGUUCGCACCAUUCUGUCGGCCAAGGUGGCCCCAGGUAGCUCAAUCCCUAUCUCACCUGAGACCACCGAGUGGAGAACGCAGUCAGUGAAGCUCCAUGCUCAAUCUCCCAAGGAUGCUUUUCUGGAUGGGAUGAGCUCCCUGUGCGAUGCUGUGGAUUCUCGCUUUGGCUUCGCGUACCUGCGAACGGAGGAGAAGCCACAGACAGGUGAGAAGAAAUAUGAGGAGGAGGUUUCAGAGGAAGUACGCGCUGCACGGAAACUAGCUGGAAAGCUCAUCGCACACAUUCCUCCAAACUGUGCGUGGAUGAGUCGAAGGCGGUGCUUUCAUACCGAGCUCCAGUUGCCUCCUCAUCCGUGGCAAUACUUCUCGAAAAUCCAUCGCACAGAUCGUACGACCUUGUACUGUCAGCCACCAGCUCCACCGCAACAGAGCCGCUCGGUGCGGCGGGGAAACCGCCGGAGCUCUGGGAUUUUCUUCGAGGGCAACGCCCUUCUGGAGCUCCGGCGUAGCUCCACCGACAGCGUGGCCACCGGCUCCAUGCUGGGCGCGGCCGCGGGCGCGGCUGCGGCGGCGGCCAACGCGUUGGCGGCGGAACUGAAGGCAUCAGACUCCUUUGAGACCUUGGAAGAUGAAUCAGGCACCGACGAGUCCGAAGCUUCGGAGCUGCGCAUGGAGCACGCGCUGACCGCCUUCGAGCACGGCAGCUCCGCGCAGUUCGCGCGGCUCACGUCCGUGCGGCCGAUCUCCUCAGGGCGGCACGAGUUUCUCUUCCGGUUCUUGGUGCAGCGCCCGAGUAGCUCCUCCAGUGCGAAGGCCUCCAAGCCGUGUUUGGCCAAGGGAGCCGUGCACGCCUUCGCUGAAGCGUUUCAGAUCUCCACUGGAAUUUUCACCAAUCCGGUCAAGACGGGAGCCGGAGACGAGCAGGUGGAUAAAUCACAAGAUCUCCUGGUUUUUGCACGAGAACGAGCUAAAAUCAUGGGAUCCUUGGUGGAAGUGGGAAAGCUGAAGCCAGAGCAGAUGGUUUCAGCGCUGACCAGCUGCGAUCUGCCCAUUUAUUGGCCUCCCGACGGGUGCUUUGAUUGUUUUGUGGCCGUCGUGCUUGAGCCACAUUUGAAGGAGAUGCGCGUGGCAGUGGACGCAGCCUUCACAGAGUCCUUGGAAGCCGAGGAUGCUCAGGCAGAUGCUGGCGAUGAGAACGCUUCGGAGGUCGAAAGCGAGAUAGGUCGAAGCGACGAUGAGGCGAGAAAGGUGCCCAUUCUUCUGUCCCACUUCUUGCAACGGAGGCGCUUUCUACGGCGCUGGCGCUUCCAAGACUACUUGGAUCAGGAUUUGAAGAACGGGAUUCCACUCUCGAAUCUUCUGCGGGGAGCAGGACCCAACCCACUCUAUUUGCCCACAUUUCAUUUGGAUGUGGAAGCACUGUGUGGUUUGGGCGGUGAGGGUGGCUCUUGCACGGUGGAGCUGCUGCCCUCAGAGGCCUUGAAGCCAUCCUGGUGGAUCAAUCUGAUGGGCCACAGCGUGGAUAUGCCCCGACCACACGAAGACUCCGAUGUCUUAGUGGCUGGCCCUGCACCAAGCACCUGAGCCGCUCAACAGGGCAAAGAAAAGGCGAAAGCAACGGCCCCACCAGCAGCGCCAUUGAAAGCAGAAGAGGCCGAAGAAAGCUAACCUCGCAUGCAGGAGAGCAGGGGCAUGCGUGCGCCGCCCGAAAGAGGCAGUCGCACAGUGCGACUUGAUUUCGAAAGCAUAAGAUGUGCUUUUGAACAAAGAAACAUUGAAAAUGAGGUCGGCACAGGAGCUAUGCUUGCAGGGUUCACAGUGAUUUGGU